AUGACCGAUGACGACUCCAAUGACGCGACAGGUAACUCUUCUAUUCAAGCAACAGAGAACAGUGAGAGCAGUGAAGGGACGAAGGCAGUUGUUCCUAAUCUGAACCGCGAUGAAAGUGCUGUUCUUGAAAGUCUAAAUGCUCAAGUCCAGAAUCAGGAUGAUCUGGAACGCAACAUUGGUCGCGAGGCUGAUCGUCUACUACUCGAGCAGGCAAAUUCACGUGAGCAACAGAGACUGGACCGGGUACAAGAUCAGAAGAACAAAUUGCUGUCUACCAUCCGUCGCAAUGAUGAACAGAUAUCCCAACCAAUAGGAACAACGAAAAGAGCAAAGCUCAAAGCAGAGAAUGAACGUAUUAGUGCUCAAAUCCAGGAUCUGGAGAACGAUCUUACGGAAAUCGCUGCUCGUAUGAAUCAGAGGCGAAAUGAAGCUGACACUACGACAGGACAGCAGGUAGCAUCUGGAAAGCUACCAAAUGAGAGUCAAAGAGAUUUUCUGAUCAGGACGGGCAAAAUCACUCCCUUCUCCAGAUUUGGUCUCUCGGGCCAUGGCGAGUCCUCAGAGACUCUUACUGGCGCUCUCUUCGAUGCCGAGGAGGAGACAGAAGCUUUGACCGCUGCGCCAGAAUCUCGAGAGGUCGCUAUGUCUCAUCGUAACCUUAGGCGGCCAGGUUUUCAAGAUGACUAUACCGAUGCAAGUACUGCUGACGAACUCGAUUCUGAUACACCGAGAAAACGGCGCAAGCUCAACAAAGCACGUCCGCAGCCUGUCAAGAGAGAGCGUUCAGGAUCCGAAUACGAUGAGGGCGAAACACUGGAUGGUGACGUGAUAGAAGAUUCUGAGGCGUUCAUUGAUGACAGCGACGACAUGCCUAUGACUGAAGGGAAGAAGAGACGCAAACCAAAGAAGGCGAUUUUGCAAGACGACGAAGUCGAGGAUUUCCGUGGAGUAGACGAUGGUAGUCCCAGUGUUUAUCGAACUCGUCUUCAGCGUUGGGCACGAAGACGACGGCAUGCCCGGGAACGUGCGGCUCCUAAACAUAACGACUUCAAGGAUGCAGACGAGGAUCAAGAUUUCGAAGAAGGAAAUACGUAUGAGCUUGACGUCAAUGAAGCAUAUAUGCCACACCCAAAGAUUCCAGACACGGUAUUCGAGAGUGGCUACAAGGUCCCUGGAGACAUUUACCCGUCACUGUUCGAUUACCAGAAAACAGGUGUCCAGUGGCUGCACGAGCUCUAUUUGCAACAGGUCGGUGGUAUUAUUGGAGACGAAAUGGGUCUGGGCAAGACCAUCCAGAUGAUUGCUUUUCUUGCUGGUUUGCACUACAGUGGCAAGCUCGAUAAGCCAGUCAUUGUGGUAUGCCCGGCAACAGUAAUGAAGCAAUGGGUCAACGAGUUCCAUACCUGGUGGCCAGCUCUUCGAGUCAUCAUCCUGCAUUCUUCUGGCAGUGGCAUGCUCAACGUGCAGCAUGAGGCGUCUCGCGAAGACCAGAUGCUGGAUGAGGUUUGGGACCCGAAUACGCGAAAGCAACCGUUGACUGCUGCACAGAAGAAUGCUAGGAAGAUUAUUCAGCCAGUACUCGAAAGGGGCGGUGUCUUGGUCACAACAUACUCCGGGCUACAGUCUUAUGCUCCGCUACUGAUACCCGUCGACUGGUCAUAUGCUGUUCUUGACGAAGGCCACAAGAUUCGCAACCCAAACACUGCUAUCACUAUAUACGCAAAGGAGCUUCGAACACCUAACAGAAUCAUCCUGUCUGGCACACCCAUGCAAAACAAUCUAGUCGAACUCUGGUCACUAUUCGAUUUUGUUUUUCCUAUGCGACUGGGCACAUUAGUUAGCUUUCGAAAUCAAUUCGAUAUCCCAAUUCGGCAAGGAGGUUACGCAAAUGCUUCGAACUUACAAGUACAGACCGCAUUCAAAUGUGCAGAGACACUAAAGGAUGCUAUCAGUCCUUACUUGUUGCAACGCUUCAAAAUAGAUGUGGCGGCUGAUCUGCCUAAAAAGAGUGAACAAGUCCUUUUCUGCAAGUUGACAAAACUUCAGAGAAAGUUGUAUCAAGACUUCUUGAACUCUGGUGAUCUUGACGCAAUUAUGGCAGGCAAACGUCAGGUCUUGUACGGGGUGGACUUCCUUCGCAAGAUCUGCAACCAUCCUGAUCUGACAGCUCAUAGACAAUUGUCAAUCAAGCCUGGAUACAACUACGGUGACCCUGAAAAGUCAGGAAAGAUGAAAGUGGUCGGAUCUUUGCUCGAGCUGUGGAAGAAUACAGGACAUAAAACACUCCUGUUCGCUCAGCAUCGAAUCAUGCUUGAUGUUCUGGAAAAGUUCGUCAGGUCCAUUCCUGGCGUUCGAUACCGACGCAUGGAUGGCACGACACCUAUUCAGCACCGUCAGAGUAUGGUCGACGAAUUUAACAACAAACCAGACCUUCACGUGUUCCUACUUACCACCAAAGUCGGAGGUCUGGGCGUCAACUUGACAGGUGCAGACAGAGUACUGAUCUACGACCCAGACUGGAAUCCGUCCACGGACCUGCAAGCUUGCGAACGUGCUUGGAGACUUGGUCAAAAGCGAGAGGUUGCAAUUUAUCGGCUCAUGACUGCCGGAACAAUUGAGGAGAAAAUCUACCACAGACAAAUCUUCAAACAAUUUCUUACUAACAAGAUUCUGAAAGACCCUAAGCAGCGUCAGACUUUCCACCUGAGUGAUCUGCAUGACCUUUUUAGCCUUGCGAAAGAGGACGCUCCCACAGAGACCAGUACAUUAUUCAAAGACGCAGCAGUGAAGAUGAAAAAAUCUGAGCAAUCUGAACAGCAAGACAAUGGUACACCUGAAGUAAAGACACAGCAGAAUGGUGAUACCAGUAUUCAAGCACUUCCAGGCGUCUCCACGUUGGAGCAAUAUGCUGGUGAGAUUGAGGAAGAGAAACAGGCUAAUCAUGAAGGUGCCAAUAACUCCGAAGCUCGUAUGAUGGAGGGCAUCUUCUCAAGAUCGGGUAUACAUUCAGCAAUGGAGCAUGACACAAUCAUUGGUGGCAACAACAAGAAGACUGGGGCUGAUCCCACAUUAGUGGAGGCCGAAGCGAAACGUGUAGCUGCGGAGGCUGCAAGAGAGCUUGAGAAGGCCGGUGAGGUUGCUCGGACAGUACAACCAGGUAUACCAACCUGGACGGGCCAGUUCGGUGUCUCGGGCCGACCGCAGGAGACGACUGCAAGACAAGCCUUCGGCUCCAACAGGAAUCGUGGUGGGAUCAGCUCCAGUAGUCUGCUGGCAGGUAUACAACGACCAGCUGCAGACGGUAUAGCCGGCAGCAGUCCUCGGAUGGCGAGUCCCGCACCUUCAGCCGCGUCGACCGCCUCUCGAGCUGGUACGCCGACCGCACCUCGUGGCAAGGACUUUGCCAAGCUGAUUCGCGACUAUCUUUCCGCUCAUGGUGGUAGUGUGUAUACGCAAAUGCUGAUCGACCACUUUAAUCGGUAUUGCACGACUGCUCAGGCAACCGCUGACUUUAAAGAGACCUUGAAGGUGAUUGCAACCCUGGACAAGGGCGGAAGAGGUCGCGGCAGGUGGGUGUUGAAGGAUCAAUACAAGAAGUGA